AUGCCAACUGUCAUUAGUGCGACUGUGGCCCCACGGACAGGGGCUGAGCCCAGGUCCCCGGGGCCAAUCCCCCAACCAGCUCAAGGCAAGACCACCGAGGCAGGAGGUGGAAACCCUAGUGGCAUCUAUUCAGCCAUCAUCAGCCGUAAUUUUCCCAUUAUCGGCGUGAAAGAGAAGACAUUUGAGCAGCUACGCAAGAAAUGUCUAGAAAAGAAGGUCCUUUAUGUGGAUCCUGAGUUCCCACCGGAUGAGACCUCUCUUUUUUACAGCCAGAAAUUCCCCAUCCAGUUCGUCUGGAAGAGACCUCCGGAAAUUUGUGAGAAUCCUCGAUUUAUCAUUGGUGGAGCCAAUAGAACUGACAUCUGCCAAGGAGAUCUAGGGGACUGCUGGUUUCUCGCAGCCAUCGCCUGUCUGACCCUGAAUGAACGGCUGCUUUUCCGAGUCAUACCCCAUGAUCAGAGUUUCACAGACAACUACGCAGGAAUCUUCCAUUUCCAGUUCUGGCGCUAUGGCGACUGGGUGGAUGUGGUUAUUGAUGACUGUCUGCCAACUUACAACAAUCAACUGGUUUUCACCAAAUCCAACCACCGGAAUGAGUUCUGGAGUGCUCUUCUGGAGAAGGCCUAUGCUAAGCUCCAUGGUUCCUAUGAAGCUCUGAAAGGUGGGAACACCACAGAGGCCAUGGAAGACUUCACAGGAGGAGUGACUGAAUUUUUUGAAAUAAAGGAAGCUCCCAAAGACAUGUACAAGAUCAUGAAGAAAGCCAUCGAAAGAGGUUCACUCAUGGGCUGCUCCAUUGAUGAUGGGACGAACAUGACGUAUGGGACGUCUCCUUCUGGUCUGAACAUGGGGGAGUUGAUUAAUCGGAUGGUGAGGAAUAUGGAUAACUCACGGCUCAGAGAUUCAGAUCUUGACCCCAGAGGCUCAGAUGACAAACCGACCCGGACUAUUGUUCCGGUCCAGUAUGAAACAAGAAUGGCCAGCGGGCUGGUCAAAGGCCACGCCUAUUCAGUCACAGGGCUGGAGGAGACUUUGUUCAAAGAUGAGAAGGUGAAGCUGGUACGACUGCGGAACCCCUGGGGCCAGGUGGAGUGGAAUGGCUCCUGGAGUGAUGGGUGGAAGGACUGGAUCUUUGUGGACAAGGAUGAGAAGGCCCGCCUGCAGCACCAGGUCACUGAGGAUGGAGAGUUCUGGAUGUCAUAUGACGAUUUCAUCUACCAUUUCACAAAGCUGGAGAUCUGUAACCUGACAGCUGAUGCCUUGGAAUCUGACAAACUCCAGACCUGGACCGUGUCUGUGAAUGAGGGCCGCUGGGUCAGGGGUUGCUCUGCUGGAGGUUGCCGCAACUUCCCAGACACUUUCUGGACCAACCCACAGUACCGUCUGAAGCUCCUGGAGGAGGACGAUGACCCCGACGACUCCCAGGUGGUCUGCAGCUUCCUGGUGGCCCUGAUGCAGAAGAACCGGCGGAAGGAACGCAAGCUGGGGGCCAACCUCUUCACCAUUGGCUUCGCCAUCUACGAGGUUCCCAAAGAGAUGCAUGGGAACAAGCAACACCUGCAGAAGGACUUCUUUCUGUACAACGCCUCCAAGGCCAGGAGCAAAACCUACAUCAACAUGCGCGAGGUGUCAGAGCGCUUCCGCCUGCCUCCCAGCGAGUAUGUCAUCGUGCCCUCCACCUACGAGCCCCACCAGGAGGGAGAAUUCAUCCUCCGGGUCUUCUCGGAAAAGCGGAACCUCUCUGAGGAUGUUGAAAAUAUGAUCUCCGUGGAUCGGCCCCUGAAAAAGAAAAAAGCCAAACCCAUCAUCUUCGUUUCGGACAGAGCAAACAGCAACAAGGAGCUGAAUGUGGACCAGGACUCAGAGAAGGGCAAAGACAAAGCAAGUCCUGAUAAGCAUGAGAAAGCCCCACAGAUUUCUUGACCACAUCCCAGCAAUACAGACCAGGAGAGCGAGGAACAGCAGCAAUUCCGGAACAUUUUCAGGCAGAUAGCAGGCGAUGACAUGGAGAUCUGUGCAGAUGAGCUCAAGAAUGUCCUUAACACAGUUGUGAACAAACACAAGGACCUGAAGACACAAGGGUUCACGUUGGAGUCCUGCCGGAGCAUGAUUGCACUCAUGGAUACAGAUGGCUCUGGGAGGCUGAAUCUCCAAGAGUUCCAUCAUCUCUGGAAGAAGAUUAAAGCCUGGCAGAAAAUUUUCAAACAUUAUGACACAGACCAUUCUGGAACCAUCAACAGCUAUGAGAUGCGAAAUGCAGUCAAUGAUGCAGGAUUCCACCUCAACUGCCAGCUCUAUGACAUUAUUACCAUGCGGUAUGCUGACAAACAUAUGAACAUCGACUUUGACAGUUUCAUCUGCUGCUUCGUCAGACUGGAGGGCAUGUUCAGAGCUUUCAAUGCAUUUGACAAGGAUGGCGACGGUAUCAUCAAACUCAAUGUUCUAGAGUGGCUGCAGCUCACCAUGUAUGCCUGA